AUGGCCUCAGACAAGGUCAAAGCAUGCAAGCGUCCAUCGAUAUCCACAUCGUCAUCAUCCAAACGCACCAAGCCAUCCAUCCGGCUUCUCUUCAGCUUCCUCACACCACAAGAUGCCGUUCUUUUCCUUGUACCUGCUCUUCUCUUGUCCAUCGUCGUCGGCGCAUUGCCAACAGUCAUGUCCAAAGUCAUCGGUAAAGCCUUUGACGAAUUCACCGCCUACAACCCCGCGUCUUUGCCACCCUCCUCCAUCCUGCCCUCGGUGCACCACGAUUUCCUCGGCAAGAUCCUCACCAGCGUCUACGCGCUUCUCGCGCUAUCAGCAGUGACGCUGGUCAUCAGCACCGUGUGCGUCUCGGUAUGGAUCUGCUUGGGCGAGCGCACCGCUUCUCGAGUACGUCGUUCCUUGUUCGCCAGUGUCAUGUCCAAGAAGAUGGCGUGGUACGACACGGGUCUCGGGCUGACCUCGGAACAAGACGGAGUGGAAAUCUCGCCCGCUGGUCUCAUGACAAAGACUGCUAGGGAGUGCGAUGAUCUGCGCGUAGCUGUAUCGAGAGAGCUUGGAAACGUGGUUCAGCAUCUGACCACCGCGAUAGCGAGUCUGGUGCUGGCGCUGUAUACGUGCUGGAUCUUGACAUUGGUGAUUUUGGCUUCGAUUCCCGUAGUGCUCAUCCUCACCAUUGUAACCGAGAUCGCUGCUGCGCCUUGGAUGCAGCGCGAACGAGUCAGCACUUCGCACGCAACGUCGAUGGUCGAACGCGCAGUCGAGGCGAUCAACACGGUCAAAGCGUUCAACGCGCAAACCAAGGAAUCCAAUCGAUUUCAGGCAGAAUUGAGGCAAGGCUGCACGUCUUACAGACGAACGCUGCUUUGGUGGGCGCUCAGAUACGGCGCUACAGGUGGAAUGGUGUUUGCCACGUUUGUUCAAGGGUUCUGGUUCGGAAGCCAUCUGGUCAGCAAGGGUAAGAUCACUCCAGGACAGGUCAUGACAGUCUUCAUGUCGAGCUUGUUAGUGUCAUCGACGCUCAACGAGAUUGUUCAGGCUCUGUCGUACCUCGACAAGGGUAAGCUUGGCGCUGCCAACCUGAUCAAUCUCAUCGAGUCUACUGACACCGCGCUAAGCCAAGACCGAGGCGGCGUCGAGCCAUGCUCGCAUAACACAGCAUCGAAGCGUUCCUCAGCAUACACGGAAGAUAAGACAUCCGCUCACACGCGCAUCCACGACUCUCGCACGAGUCUCGCCGUCUCGGUCGCUCCAACAACAUCGAUGGUCGAUAUACUAGAGUACAACCCUCGCCUCGCCAAAGCGGUUCCCAUGCCAAUCGAAGCUAUCCCUUCCACUCCAUCACCCGGCAUCCUGAGCCCAGACAAAUUCACCCACCGUGCCUCUCCUUUCCAUUCCGCCACCAGACCUGCCAGACGUGGCGGUGUACAAGGGUUACGCCGCAUCAUACCGUCUUACUGUCAAGGCGAGAUUCACUUCCGUAACGUCAGUUUCAGCUACCCGUCUCGUCCCGACACGUCUGCCCUCGACCGCGUCGAUCUGUACUUUGCACCUGCAGAAAUGACGUACGUUGUUGGCGGCAGCGGAAGCGGCAAGAGCACUAUUGCUCAGCUGCUGCUACGUCUGUACGAGCCGACAACAGGUACAAUUCAGAUCGACGACCAGACCAUCGAAUUCCUCGAUCCGCACUGGUGUCAUCAACACAUCGGAGCUGUUAGCCAGGACGCAAUCAUUUUCGACAUGAGCGUUCACGACAACGUGGCGCUCGGUCUUGUCGGCAAGCUCGAUACUCAAGUAGCCGCAGAUACAGGCGUGCCUCAAGUGGAAAGGGAAGCGAUCGAGUCGGCGUGUCGUCUAGCACUGUUACACGAAUUCGUGCGCGAUCUACCAGAUGGAUACGAGACCAUGUUGGGUGCAAAAGCGACAGCGUUGUCCGGAGGACAGAAGCAGAGACUUGCCAUUGCAAGGGCGAGAUUGCGCGAUCCAUCCAUCUUGAUCCUCGACGAAGCCACGUCGGCUCUCGACCCUACAACACGACACCUCGUAUACGAAGCAAUCAAGACUUGGCGUAGAGGUAAGACGACAAUCGUCAUCACUCACGACCUUUCGCAGAUCGAUCGUGAAGAUUUCCUCUACCUACUCGAGAACGGGCGUGUGGUGCAGCAAGGGUACAGAAGCGAUCUCGAGGACAAGCAAGGCUUGUUCAGGACUAUGUCGCUCCAGCAGAGUCGUCAACAAGACCAAGCGCGACAAGCGCCAACCGAGCAAGUUGAGCAUCCGCACGCACAAGGCAUCAGCAUGAUGGCGACACUCGAUGAGUCAUCCACCCAGCCACCGAGAAGAAAGUAUCUCUCAAAGCUAGGCUGGGAGCGCGAAUCGCGCAUCCUAUCGGAACAUCUCUCGUUGCUCUUUUCUCCAAAGCUCGACGGAGCUCCGUCGCAUCUCAAGCCAUUGAAGCUGGCCGAGAGACAGGCGAUGAAUAGCUACUUUGAGCAAGCUGAAACACUCAAAGCUUUCGGAUCGAGCGCUAGCAAUCGACGUGCACGCACCGCUACUGUUGAACGCAAGAAAUGGGAGGCCGGUGCGUUGGCCAACGUAUCAACUCCAUCGACACACCUCAAAACUGUCUUGGACGCCCCGGACAAUACGGAUACGGAGGGCUUGUCGAAUAAGGCACCGACAAUGCGGCAAGUGUGGGGCAUCCUUUGGCGAACCAUCCCGAGCCAAGCACUUCUCAUCAUCGGUAUCUUACUCUGUAUCAUUUCCGGAACCCUGACUCCGGUAUUCUCGUACCUUCUGGCUCAGUUGCUCUCCACAAUGGGUCGACCCAACCAAGACAGCGCGGUGCUCAAAUGGAGCCUUCUCGUCCUGCUAGUCGCGCUCCUUGAGGGGAUUUUCGCCUUCACGCGAUUCCUGCUGAUGGAGCUGCUUGCUGACGAAUGGAUCUAUCGUCUGCGCUCGUCCUCGUACGGCAACGUUGUCUCGCAAGACCGAACGUUCUUCGACCGUCGUUCCAACUCGGCCGCGCGAAUCUGCCAGAGCAUCAUCAAGGAUGCCGAAGACGCACGCAACUUGGUUGGUCAGAUCAUCGGCCAACUCGCGCUCAUCACGUCCAUGAUCAGCCUCGGAAUCAUUUGGGCUCUUGUGGUCGGCUGGAAACUUACUCUGGCCGGUGUAGCUUUCGGGCCCGUCUUUCUCGUAGCUACGCUCGUCCAGUCGAGGGUGGUCGCGUUCUACGAAGCGCGCAACAAGCUCAAGAGAGAAGCGGUCUCGGAACGCUUCCACGCCAUGGUGCUGCACAUGCGUGCAAUCCGAUCGAUGGGUCUCGAAACCGUUUUCGAUCGUGCGUAUCAGUUGACGGUAGAGGACGCCCAACGAAGCGGUAUGCGCUCGUCGGUGUUUUCAGGUUUCGGUCAUGGAUUGAGCGAUGCACUGACAUACAUGGCCGAAGCUCUCAUCUUUUACGUCGGAUCAAGAUUGAUGAUUUCAGGCGAGUACGAUUUUCAAAGGAUGAUGCAGGUGUUUAACCUGAUCAUCUUUGCGGUGACAUUUGCGGCUCAGAUGUUGACGUUCCUGCCAGGGUUCAGCAAGAGCGUCAAGGCGCUGGCUGAUCUGGAUCGGCUCUUGAAGCUGACCGGCGCAGGAGUGAGUGGUACGGAAGCCAAGGGAGACUUGACCAGCCAUGUGCGAGGUGGGAUCGAGUUUCGAGAUGUCGAAUUUGCCUAUGAUGGUAGGGCCGACGUGAAGGUGCUCGAUGGCGUGCAAUUCGCGAUUUCUGCAGGCGAAUGCGUGGCGAUCGUCGGAGUGUCUGGAUGUGGUAAGAGCACGGUAGCCGCUUUACUACAGAAGCUGUACGAACCCGACUCUGGUUCGAUCCUGGUGGACGGUGUGCCGAUUUGUCAGCUCUCGACACCUUGGCUUCGCGAACACAUAAGUGUCGUCGGCCAGAAUGCCAGCCUGUUUGAUCUCUCGAUUGCGGAAAACAUUGCGUACGGCGUCAACUCUACGACGGACGAUCAAGCACCACGGCGCUUGAGCCAAGCUUUGAUGGACCAAGUCGAGCAGUCCGCGCGCGCAGCCAACGCGCAUUCGUUCAUCAGCUGUCUACCCUCGGCCUACUCGACGAGCGUCGGCGGUGGCUCGAGCUGCAAACUCUCGGGUGGUCAAGCGCAGCGUCUUGCCAUAGCGCGUGCACUCAUGCGCACCCGUGCCAAGAUCCUGAUCCUCGACGAAUGCACUUCGGCCCUCGACGUAGCGAAUCAGCGCGUGAUCGUCGAAACCUUGCUCUCGCCCAACGCCGAGCUGAAAAAGAGGCGCAUGACGACGCUCGUCAUCACGCACAACGUGGAUAUGAUGAGCAAGUGCGACAGAAUCCUCGUUCUCAAGCACGGCAAAGUGGUGGAACACGGUCGAUGGGAUGACUUGGUGGCCAUGCCCCGUGGCUACUUUGCUUCGCUCACCCGAGGUGGUGAAUGGACUGGUUAG